GUGCAAGUGGUUGCGAGACACGCAUUUUCCCGAUCAUUCAAGAAGGCCGCCUCCGCCGACAUACGGAGGCCAAGCGUGGGACGUGUAUCUGUUCUAGACGCGACCCAGGUGCAAGCUUCUUACGAUGGACAUCGCUCGGGAGGGAAAGAUCUCGUCUUUCGAACCAUUAGAGUAUGCGGCUCACGAUUUGUCGAAUGUAGCCCUUGGAAGCACAGAAGCUCUACGCGUCAGAGAAAGCCAUGUAGUGGAUGGGCACGGCAGAGUCAUCGGUCUUCGGGGUCUCAACGUCAGCGGUGGAAGCAAAUUGCCAAAACGACCCGAGACAUUCUCGCACAUCUACAACGAUGAUUUUUGGAAGCAUCGAAGCGUAGACUUUGUUGGCAGGCCUUUCUCGGUAGAAGAAGCGCCAACCCACUUUGCACGUCUUCAGGAGUGGGGCCAUCCGCUGAUCCGCUUCCUUGUCACGUGGGAGUCCUUGGCGCAUUCGGGGCCUUUCGAGCUGGACCAGGGCUACAUCGCAUACCUUAAGGAGCUGUUCGAGCUCAUGCCAAAGUAUGGUAUAAAGGCUGUCGUAUGCGCCCACCAGGACGUAUGGAGCAGAUUUAGCGGUGGGAGCGGCGCUCCGGGCUGGACUUUUGAAGCGGCUGGACUCGAUAUUCGAGCCUUCAAGGAAACUGGUGCAGCCUAUGUUCACAGCGUGGCCAGCGCAGGGGCGCCUGACAAGAGUCAGGCGACAAGUUCCGAAAUUCUUAGUUCUUCUGAGAGCAAGGAAGUCAGCGGACCCUUUGUCUGGCCCUCUGGCUAUCAAAAGCUCGCGGCAUCCACGAUGGCGACGCUUUUCUGGGCUGGCGACGUCUUCGCCUGGCAACUACAAGUCUCGCCGGAGGCUUUCAGCUCCACACCCUCUUCUCCUUCUGCAAGGCCUCAGGGUUUGCUUCCUACCCAAGGCGAAGUGUCGAUUCAAACCCUCCUCCAGGCUUCCUAUCUUCAUGCGUUUGGCAGCCUUGCAGAUACGAUCGGGGAUUUGGAAGCAUGCCUCGGGUUCGAGCCAAUGAACGAGCCGCAUCGUGGCCUGAUAGGGCUGCACUCUUGGGGCAAUUGGAAGUAUGAGACAGACCUACACAUAGGACACUUUCCUAAUGCCCUCCAGUCCUUUGCCUUGGGUGCUGGCUAUGCGCAAAUCGUUCCAUAUUAUGUGAAAAGUUGGCCAUUUCCCACUCGGGUUAGCCACAAGAGCCUGCUGGAUCCCAAAGGCAAAACAGCCUGGCUGAAGGACAGCUCCGGACGGAGCUUCAAGCAGGGUGCAGCCGCAGCGCCUUCGCCGGGGGAUGCCAGUUGUCUUUGGGCGCGACAUGGAGCAUGGGCAUGGGACAGAGAGCGCAAGAAAGCUAUCGUGCUUCGAGAAGAUUUCUUCACUAAGGAUCCACGCCCGCAAACGGACCACGGAAAGGUGGAGUGGUACCGGGAUUGUUGGGCUCCGUUCGUGACCACAUACGCGCAGAGGAUACGGCAAAGGCACGCCAACCUACUGCUUCUGUCCGAGCCGAUACCGAAUGAAUACCACCCGCUUUGGCCGAGCGCCACCUUGAGUCAAACAGACCGCCAGAACCUCGGUUCGCUGGCACUGAAGCAGGACUAUGCCACAAAGACGAUCAUCAACGUGCCAAGACCUGAAGGGUUCGUCUUUGCGCCGCAUUUCUACGACCUCAAUGUGCUGUUCUCGAAGGUGCAUUCUUUCUACUCGGUCAAUGUGCAAGGUGCUAGCAGAGGCAUGUUCAUCCUCAAAGCUUUGUACUUUGGUGCAGAAGGCUUGCGCAAGAAUUACGAAAUUCAGCUCAAGAAUAUUGCAGAGCAUGCGUUCCUAUCAUUAGGCAAAGUGCCAGUCUUGAUUGGCGAAGUAGGCAUCCCAUUCGACGUCAAUGAUAGGCUAGCGCUGACAAGUGGAGACUACUCGGUUCAGUCAGAUUUGAUGGACGCUCUGAUCGGAGCGAUGGAAAAGAAUCUGCUUGGCUAUACGUUGUGGAAUUACAACCCAGAUAAUACCACCGAGCACGGGGAUAAUUGGCUUUCUGAAGACUUUUCCGUCUUCUGCGAUGAAGACAAAGCAAAAGACAAGGAGAAUUACCUCUCUGCGAAGCCAUUGUACAAGGGCGGUAGAGCUCUCAAUGCCAUCUUGCGUCCAUAUGCAGCCAAGACAGCAGGUAUCCCACUCUCUUCAGAGUGGGACUCGAGCAAGUUGAUCUUCAAGUUCAGGUGGAAGAAUCAUCCGGACCUAAUCAGUGCAAAUUCGGAAAUGGCCCGCACCAGCGAAUUCUACCUACCACGCUACUGGUUUGAGGGAACUGAAUUCGCUGUGAAGCUCACAGAUGGAAGUUGGGUGUACGAUAGCUCGAAACAAUCACUCUACGUCAGGCACGCCAACGACGGGCUUGGAGUUGCCCACGUUCUCAUCGUUCAAGCACUGCCUGGCCAGAAGCCAAGAGCAACUUUUCCACGCCCAAGUGGUAUGAGCAUACAGGACUGGACAGUCAUCGUCAGCGUCGUCUUGGCGCUGCUCGUUGCUCUUUACAUCGGCGACAGGGUGUAUGUAUACGGCCUAGAAAAGGCCAAGAUGCAUCCAGAAUUGUAAUGCAUAUUUGAUGCCAUUGUGCAGAACGACAUUCUC